CGUUGCACUAACUCAGUCUCUAUUGGAAUUUACAUUAGAACAGUUGUGUAUCCGUGAAUUUUCUUUUUUUUUAAUGAAUUUUUUUUUGAUUUUGUGUGUGAUCAUGGAGAUUACCAAAGUAUACGGGCAGCAACAGUACCCUUGGUACCAACACGUGAACUGUCAGAAUUCACCCAAUGGGUUCAUUUGCUAUGAUACAAAUGGACAACCAGUUGUAACGCCAUUCAACAAUCAACGAAGUCACUAUGACAAUACUAUACCAUCAUUGCCUGCACCAUAUCCUGCACCAUUUCCCACAUGGCCUUCACCAUUGCCUACAAGGCCUACCCCAUCGCCUACACGGCCUACACGGCCUACACUAUUGACUGCACCAUUGGCUACACCAUUGACUGCACAAUUGCCUACACCAUUGCCCACAAAUCAUUCAGUUCAAUAUCCUCAAUUGGACCCAUCGACGGAUGUAUCUGUCGCUAGAAACGACGAUAGUCCUGAUAAAUUGAAAAUCUGCGGCGAUGAAGAAUUCAAAUGCACCAUUGUCCAUCAAUGCUUCGAAAAAGAAUUAUCAUGUGAUGGGGUAGUGCACUGUAUCGACGGGACGGAUGAGCAAAACUGUCCUUGCGUUUCGAAAAUCGACAAGAAAAAACUUUGCGACACAUAUGUUGAUUGUCCCGGUGGUGAUGAUGAAGUUGGAUGUAAUGGGUGCGAUCGAGACUCUUACUCAUGUUAUUCUGAUGUGCAGAAUGAGUGUUACACCAAAAUACAGAAAUGUGACCACAUCAGCCAAUGUUCGAAUGACGAGGACGAAAAAGACUGUUUAUUGUUGAAACCCAAUAAGACUUCAACCGUAGACCCAUUCGUUAGAAGCACCGAGGGGAUUUUGUACAGGAACUUGGAAGGGAAUUGGUAUCCCGUUUGCGACAACGAUGUGAAAAACUUUGCACUAAAAGUAUGCGAACGGGAACUAGGUAUUCCCGUAAGUUUUGAUUCAAUAACAAUUCGUCAUGUAGAAACUACCUACGGUGGCAGUUACUUAUCGCAAGUGACAGUGGAUCAACCGGUUAGUAAGGUGGUGGAUAAAUGUUCGAAAGACAGCGUGGAAUCGACGAACGUGUUUGUUUAUGUAGAAUGCCCCGAUUAUUGUGGCUGCAUCAUAGAUUCCACAAGCCAGGAAAGAAUAGCGGGUGGAAAAGAUGCAUCAGCCGAAUCUAAUCCUUGGAUUGUCGGCCUGUAUUUGAAUGGAAAGUUCGUGUGCGCAGGAAGCAUCAUUGCUACGAGAUGGGUCAUAACUGCCGCUCAUUGUGUGUAUCACGAAGGGAUACGGAUCACCGCACAUGACUACCUCCAAAUAAGGGCAGGCUUUAUACGCCAACAUAGUUUCUCGCCCUACGAGCAAUACGCCCGUGUCUUCCGAGUCAUCAUAAAUCCCGAAUACAACGCAAACAAUUACAAAAAUGAUCUUGCCCUGCUAGAACUCAACGAGCGCUUGUUCUUCAACCGUUGGGUCAAGCCAAUUUGCUUGCAGAGAAGGAAGGUGAUACGAAAUGGAACUGACGACAAUUGGUUAUGGAAACCCGAAGAUGGCACGAUUUGCGUAACAGCCGGCUGGGGUGGUUUAACUGAUCGUGGACCGUAUCCAGUGGAAAAUCUAGGAGAAUUGAAUGUUCCAAUUGUGCCUGAUUGUGUUGAAUACAACUCCAGGUUUACUUGCACAGGAUACGCGGAUGGCGGUCGAGAUGCAUGUUCAGGUGACUCCGGUGGCCCUUUGGUAUGUACAGACGAUAUGCGUACAUACAUACAUUAUUUGGCUGGCAUCACUUCUAUUGGAUAUAAUCCCAAAAAGAAGACGGCUGACAAAAUUUUUUGUGGAGAACCCGAUUCCGUCACCGCUUACACGAAAUCUUCAUUUUAUUUCGACUGGAUAAAUUCCACAGUACAUAAAUUUGAAGAUGAUGCCCUUGCUAUUCAGCCUACACUAAUUUGCCCAGGCACCAUCUGUCGGACAAGCAAUCGAUGCGCCAAAAAGUAUGAUGGAAACGUUGAUUGCUUGGAUGGAGAAGAUGAAGUCAAGAAACCAUAAAUUUUCUUUCAUCGCUUUGCUUUUGCCUUUAAGGAAUACUUCGCUUUACAAUCGUUUGACUUAAAUAUAAAGGAAUUUGUGUGCCUCUUUCAGCAAAUUAUAAAACAAAGGGAUUUGUUUUUGGAAAGAAUCGAGAAUGUGUUUUUUAGAGAUAAGUAGCUUGUCUUUAGCAAAACGAUAUAUUGAUCCAAAAAAAUAAUUAAUUUUUGUGUGUCUUAAAUGAUAAAUAAACGGU